GAGUAAUUCCUUUAUUUACUUUUACCCUUUUUUUUUAAUAUUUCAACAAUUUCACUUAUCUUUUACUUUGUUUGUAUAAUAUUCAAGUUAAUUAAAUUGCCUAAAAAUAUGUGUCAACUAUUAUUUUUUUUUUUAUUUUUUUUUUUAAGGAAACUAUUAUCUCAAUUUAUGUGGAUACUUAUAUAACAAAAUAAAGUCAAAAUGUUGCAAGAUCAAAAGUGGAAAUCUUACCCGUCACUCCAUAAGGUCUUAAUGUUCAGCGACGGCAGUGACUGAGAAAAGAAAGUGAUAAGAAAAAAAAAAAAAAAAAAAAAGUAAAAAAAAAAAAAAAAAAAAAAAAAAAGAAGUGAACAACAACAACAUCUGUUUCGCCGGCCUCGACGGAGGUGGAGCCAAUCACACCACCAAAACAAACGACAUCUUCUUCUUCUUCAUCUCCUCUUUCUCUCUCCUCAUUAACAUUUUGACGACAAUGGUCUGUUAACUUCCACGACAAUCUUCCUCCACUCCACCUAUUUCUCUAGAACCUUCCACUCAACUUCUAUGGAAACUAAACGAACUGAAAGUCCGAUCUACCCUCGCCGGUGGACUUCCGAGCCCAACAAUGUCGCCGCCGCAUCUCUCCUUUCUUCCCGUCCUCACCACAAUCGCACCACCUCCUCCGUCGAAUCUCCCACCGCUUCGCCUACUCGCGCCCACCACGCUCGCACUUCCUCUGCUACCGGAAUCUCCAGUGUUAAGCGCACUCAGAACUUCGCUGCUCGAGCUGCUGCUCAACGGCUAGCUCAAGUUAUGGCUUCUCAGACUACUGAUGAAGAUGAUGAUGAUGGUGGUGAUCUACGUUUUCCUGCUCCUGCAUUGUCUAGAAACAUCGUUAAUGGUGUUUCCAAGCCUGUUCUACCUUCUGCUCCUAAGGUUACUUCAACUAGAUCUUCUUCUCCUGCGUCAGCGAGGAAUUCGCUGGAUGAAAUGCCGUCAGUUCGGGCGAAAUCUAAUGGUAGAUCAUCAGCAUCUGUUCGAACUGCUGCCGCACCGAAAUCGGUUCCGGUACCGGCACCAACACCAGUUCCGUUUUCGUCGAAUGUUACAACGUUGAAGAGCCAAUCCUCCCUCCCACCGUUGGAUUCACCUUCCUUUAGGUCUCAGAAAGAUAGUAAACGAUUCUUUGCAGAUAAAGUACAAAAUAAUACCAAAGAUGCAGGACAUCUGCAAGAUUCUUCUGGUCUACGUGAUGAACUUGAUAUGCUACAAGAGGAGAACAACAAUGUGCUUUCAAAGCUUAGAGCAGAAGAAGAGAGAAGUAAGCAAGUGGAGGCUAGAGUUAAAGAGCUUGAAAAACAGGUUGCUUCGCUUGGGGAUGGAGUCUCUUUAGAAGCUAAGUUUUUGAACAGAAAAGAAGUCGCCUUACGUCAAAGAGAGCCUCUACAGGCUGCACUUAAAGAUGACAAGCAAUCAAAAGAAGUAAUAAACAAAGAAGUCACAAAUCUUCGUUUAGAAGCCGAGAAUGCUAAACAUGAAGUUGAAGCUGCUGCAGCACGGCUUCAGGGUACUGAAUCUGAAGUUAAAGCUCUUCGUUCAAUGACAGAAAGAAUGAUUUUAACUCAGGAAGAGAUGGAAGAAGUAGUUCUCAAGAGAUGUUGGCUUGCUCGUUACUGGGGCUUAGCUGCACAGAUUGGUAUAUGUGCAGAUAUUGCUACAUCCAAAUAUGAACACUGGUCUUCAUUAGCUCCUCUUCCUUUCGAGUUAGUUAUUUCUGCCGGCCAGAAGGCUAAAGAGGAAAGCUGGGAAAAAGGUGGUGAAGAUUCUGAGAAUAAAAGCAGGCUUAAUCAAGACUUCAAUGAUCUUACUGGAGAUGGAAACAUAGAGAAUAUGCUAUCGGUUGAAAUGGGCUUAAAAGAGCUUGCGUCAUUAAAGGUGGAAGAAUCCAUUGCAUACGCAUUAGCCCAGCAACGCCGGCCAAAUUCUUCUAGAUUAUCUAUUUCAGAUUUCAAAUCACCAGGAGAUGCUAAGUAUAUGGAAGCCUUUGAGCUAAGCCCAGAGGAAUCAGAAGAUGUUUUGUUUAAAGAGGCAUGGCUGACUUACUUUUGGAGAAGAGCGCUGAACCUUGGUAUAGAGAAGGACAUCGCCAAAGAAAGGCUUCAAUUUUGGAUCGGUCGGAGCAGACAUUCGCCAACCUCACAUGAUGCAGUUGACGUUGAUCAAGGUUUGGUGGAGCUGAGAAAAUUAGGGAUUGAACGUCGACUCUGGGAGGCAUCUCGCAGAGAAAAUGAUUUCUGAUGCCAAUGCUUAAAUUACACGUAAUUUCUACUUACUAGUUGAGACCUCAUCUUUCGUUCUCACUGCUGUAUAGAAUGUAUUUCUUCUUUAUAUGUACAUAGCUUAGUUUCUCCUACUUGCUGGGCCAUCCCCGUUUUGUUUAUUGGGAUCCAGGCUCCUAUAUGUUUUAUAUAUCGAGUCACCAUCCUAGACCUAUGUUCAAUCUUGUUUCUAAUGCAUACUGUAAUUGAUGUUCCUGAAAUGCAUAUGAGCAUAUCAAUGCUGCAACAACUAGAAUUGGCUCAGCAGUUACUUCGAUAACUGAGAUACUUGGGCUCUAUUCUGUGUGUUGUUUAUUUUUAGGC